UUGGUGGGGUAACUCCACAGUAAACACACCCAGUCUGAGCAGAGCAGAAAUAUCUUUAAAAUCUCCUAAAGUUUCACACUUUACUCACCUGGAUUAACGUUUACAGGACAGAGUUUCUCUGAGUGUGUGUGAGUGUGUGUGAGUGUGUGUGAGUGUGUGUGAGUGUGUGUGAGUGUGCAAGUGUGUGAGAGUGAUGGCGGAGGCCCACCAGGCCGUUGCGUUCCAGUUCACCAUCACUCCUGAGGGCUUCGACCUGCAGCUCUCUCGACAGGCCCUUAAUCAGAUCUACAUCUCCGGCCUGCGCUCCUGGAAGAAACGCAUCAGCAGAGUGAAGAAUGGUGUGCUGAAGGGCGUGUACCCUGCGAGCCCCUCCUCCUGGCUGUUUGUUGCCGUGGUGACGCUGGCCACCCUGUAUGCCGAGUCUGACCUCUCCAUGGGCCUCAUCUCUAAGAUCCAGGAUCACCUGCCUCUCAGUGUGUCCCUGAGCGCUCAUGGACAGACGAUGCUGUCGGCGUUGUUGUUCAGCACUCUGUUAUGGUUCUCGCUCGUCCUCACGCUGCGCUUCUGUCUCAAGCUCCUCCUGUCCUACCACCGCUGGAUGUUCGAGACGCACGGACACAUCUCCACCACCACCAAGCUCUGGGUGUCUAUGGUGAAGUUGCUCUCCAGCAGGAAGCCAUUGUUGUACAGUUAUCAGAGUUCGUUGCCGCACCUGCCUGUACCUCCUAUCAGAGACACACUGCAGAGAUAUCUGGAGUCUGUGCGCCCGCUGCUGAGCCCCGCUGAGUUUGAUGGCAUGAAGCAGCUGGCUGAUGAUUUUGAGAAGAAUUUGGGAACACGUCUUCAGACCUACCUGAAACUCAAAGCUCUGUGGGCCACUAAUUACGUGAGUGACUGGUGGGAGGAGUAUGUUUACCUGCGAGGGCGGAGCCCCAUUAUGGUCAACAGUAACUACUAUGGAAUGGACUUCCUGUAUGUAACACCGACAACUAAGCAGGCAGCUCGAGCAGGAAACACCAUCACGGCCCUUUUACUGUACCGCCGCAAAGUCAACCGAGAGGAGCUUAACCCUAGUCGUGUUCCUGGGACAGUCAUCCCUCUGUGUGCAGCUCAGUGUGAACGGAUGUUUAACACCACACGCACUCCAGGAGAGGUGACAGACACACUGCAGCACUGGCAGGACAGUGAGUUUGUGGCAGUGUACCACAGGGGGCGCUAUUUCAGGCUGUGGGUUUACUCUGCCGGCCGUCUCCUCUCUCCCCGAGAGAUCCAACAUCAGAUCCAGAAAAUCCUGGACGAUCCGACGACACCUGUACCGGGGGAGGAGAAACUGGGAGCACUGACCGCCGGAAACAGGGUUCCCUGGGCCCGUGCGAGGAAGCAGUACUUUAGCUCAGGGGUAAAUAAACGUUCUCUGGACUGCAUUGAGAAAGCGGCGUUCUUCGUCACUCUGGAUGAUGAAGAGGAGGGGAUGAAGGGCGAUGAUCCGGCAGGGAACCUGGACCGCUACGCUAAAUCUGUCCUGCACGGCAAGUGCUAUGACCGAUGGUUCGAUAAGUCCUUCUCUGUGGUGAUUUUUAGAAAUGGGAAGACGGGUCUGAAUGCUGAACACUCCUGGGCUGAUGCGCCUACUGUGGCUCAUUUAUGGGAGUUCACUCUGGCCACGGAUGCUUUUCAGUUAGGUUAUGACACAGAUGGAAACUGUCGAGGUGAAGUGCAGCGCUCUCUACCUCCUCCUCAACGCCUCAGCUGGGACAUACCACCAGAGUUGCAGGAGCAGAUGAACGUGUCUCUGGAUGUGGCUCGAGCUUUGGCUGAUGAUGUCGACUGUCACGUGUUUCCCUUCAGAGAGUUUGGAAAAGGCAGAAUUAAAAAGCUGAAAAUCAGCCCAGAUGCUUUUAUACAGAUAUCAUUGCAGCUGGCAUAUUAUAGGGACCAAGGAGGUUUCUGCCUGACGUAUGAGGCUUCAAUGACACGUUUAUUCAGAGAAGGCCGCACUGAGACCGUUCGCUCCUGUUCCAAUGAGAGCUGUGCAUUUGUUCUGGCUCUGGAGGCCGGAGAGAGGCGGGAACAGUGCGUCUCUCUGCUGCGUAAAGCUGCUGAAAAUCAUCAGAAUCUCUACAAAUUGGCCAUGACGGGUUCCGGCAUUGACAGACAUCUCUUCUGCCUCUAUGUGGUCUCCAAAUACCUCGGGGUCGAGUCUCCGUUUCUCAAUAAGGUGUUGUCUGAACCCUGGCGUCUCUCCACGUCUCAGACCCCGGUGCAGCAGCUGGAGCUUUUUGACCUGAUUAAUCAUCCUGAAUUCGUCUCACUGGGUGGAGGCUUCGGCCCGGUGGCUGAUGAUGGUUACGGCGUGUCCUACAUCAUUGUUGGUGAGAACAUGAUCAACUUCCACGUGUCGUGUAAAAACUCCUGCGCGCACACAAACUCGCGCAGGUUUGGCUCUCAGAUCAGUCGAGCUUUAAAGGACCUGAUGUCUCUGUUCAGCUCAGACUCUGAGAAACCAGUGGAGAAACAACAGCCAUAAACUGUGUGUGUGUCUGUCUAUGUGUGUCUGUGUGUGUCUGUGCGUGUCUGUGCGUGUCUGUGCGUGUGUGCGUGUGUGUGUGCCUGUCUGUGUGUGUGUGUGUGUGUGUGUGUGUGUGUGUGAGAGAGAGAGAGAAAGUCUCGUCUCAGGCUUGCAGUGAAUCAGUCACAGAGAAAACGAUCAUAUAUAUAUUUAUAUAUCCAGAGGAGGCUAGUGUACACAUGCUAGCAGCUCUAAGCUCCGCCCCCUGGACUUCAGUGAUUAAAAACACAUCUGUAUAAAGUUUCAUUUCGGCUCCACAUCACAUUCCUCAUUUUAAUGUUUUAAAGUGGAUUAUUUUGGAUUUUUGUGCAAGCGAGCACAACAGCUCCAUCAGCAGGUCAUAAAAACACGCACACAUACACACACACACACACACACACACACACACACACACAGAAAGGUAUGAAGUGAGGAGCAAGGCUGGGGUUGAUUUCUUUCUCACACAGGGUAGUCAGGUGAUCACUCAAUGACAGGCCCCCUUAGAUCUGAUCUGAUCUGAUCUGAUCUGUUUGUACUGAUAUUAACCACACACAGGCAGGUGAGAUACCGAGCGUGAACCAGGAGCGUUCUUCACUUGGGUUCAAGUUCAACUGUAAUAUUUUGCGAUUUUCUACGCAGUCACGCUAAACACACUGAGCUCUGUCCUUUAGAACCUCUCACCAUCAUCCUGUCUGUCGACAUCAGCUGCUUCUCAAAUCCAGUGUAGAAGAUCCAGAAGACUGGUACUGAAAAGCCUGCGUGAGAAGCUUCUACUCCUGACAGUAACAGGAACUCUGCUCAGUGCUCGUACUCAAACCGCCUGGGAUGGUACACGUGUGAUUACAGACACAGCGCCCCCACUGUUUACAUUGGUAUUGCACGUCACAGAAGUGUGGUGCUCAGUUCGUGUGUGUGUGUGUGUGUUUUCAUCAUUUAUACUAUAUCACUUAAGGGUUUCACUGUAGAGAUAUUGAAUUUGAUUUGAGCUUCCUGUCUAUCACAACCCACCAUGACUAUAAACACACACACACACACACACACACACACACACACACGUUAGAAGUGUUUAAGACUGGUGUUAGUAUUGAUGAAUGACUUUUAAACCCUUUGCUCUAGACGUGGUUCUGUCCGUGUCUCCUCUGCUUUUGAAUGUAUGAAAGCUGCAGAUUUCUCGGCUCGAGUCUGAUCAGAAGAGUCGUUCUCUCUCUGUUUAUCUAACUCUGUUCUGUUACACAUCACCACACCUGAUUAGAACUCUUUAUAUCUUGAUAUUUUACUGAAAUGGGAAUGUUCUGAUUUUAAAUCACUGAAUUGAACUGAAGUUACUGAUGAAGCUGCUGUUGGAAAUGUUUUAUUGUGCCAGUGUUGAUGCAGCAGAAAUGCAAUUACGCGCUGAAUAAUGCAAAAUACUUCAUUCUGUAGUCACAGAUUCUCUGAGUGCCAAAGCAAUGCAAUAGCUUCCUCCCGGGAACCGAGUCCUCCUCCUGGUGUUCAUACUGUCUGUCUCUUAUUUAUAUCAUCUGUGUGUGUGUGUGUGUGUGUGUGUGUGUGUGUGUGUGUGUGUGUGUGUGUGUGUGUGGUGUAAAUUUAAUUCCCAGACUGUUUCAGCUUUAUCCCAAAUUCUAGAAAUAAAACUGUUGAAUAUCUGA